AUGGCUCGUCGUGUCGAGAUUGCUAUCUUCGACAAACCCAAGCCAAACCCCCUCCCCGGGACGAGUCUGUCCCCCCUCGUCGUCAUUGGAUCGGCGCCCGCCGCGGGUCCUGCGUGGACUCCUGCCAGCUCGGGUCGCACUAUUCCUUACAACGGCGUGAUCUUCCAUUGCCCAGCCGUUCCAGCGCUCCGCGGGUAUACCAUCUUCGGAGCUCCACCGAGUAACCCCGCCGAGCCUCAUAUCCGGCGGUAUCUACGGACGUCACAGCUGUCGCUUAUUGUCGCUGCUGCUGCUGCUGCUGCUGGGUAUAAGCUCUCCAGACAGGGCACCACGCAGUGGAAGCCGACCUCGUGUCGGCAGGGCAGUAACACACACCGAUCCGAGAUGUCCUCGAAGCAGACCGCGCACUUGUCAGCCGGGCUCGUCUCGGCCUCGAGGGGACCUGGAUCCGGAGGGUUCGCUCUCGGCUCUCUCGUCGACGUGCAAGGACCCUACUUCCCCCCCCCCCCCCGGGCCGAGGUGGCUGGGCGUCAAAAAUCCAGCGUCUCCUUUCCCAGCGCUCAAGGACCGCCGCAGCGGAUCGACCGUCAUACCUACUCCUGGUAA